ACUUGAGAUUCACAUGAGAGUUCACACUGGAGAGAAGCCUUAUGUAUGCCAUCAAUGUGGGAAGAGUUUCAGUCAGUCAGUCAACACAACUAACGACACACGUGAGAAUCCACACCGGAGAAAAGCUAUUCGUAUGUCAUCAGUGUGGGAAGAAAUUCAUAGACAAAGAAUAUCUUAAGCUUCACAUGCAGAUCCACACUGGAGAGAAGACUUACACAAAUAAUGACUGCGGAAGUAAAUUUCUUAGAGCAUCUGAGAGUUCAUAUGAAGGAGAAGCCACAUUCAUGUUUUGUAUGUGGAAAGAGAUUUUCGCAGCUGUGUAGUUUACAAGAGCAUGAGAAACUUCAGAGAGAGUACAUGUGCUUUGAGUGUGAGAAGACUUUUACUUCAGGAAGCCAUUUAAAACUGCACCAGAGAAUUCACACUGGAGAGAAACCUUACAAGUGUUCACACUGUGACAACAGAUUCAGUCUGUCAGCACAUCUGAAAACACAUGAGAGGAUCCACACUGGAGAGAAACCUUACAAGUGUUCACACUGUGACAACAGAUUCAGUUUUUCAGCACAUCUGAAAACACAUGAGAUGAUCCACACUGGAGAGAAACCUUACAAGUGUUCACACUGUGACAACAGAUUCAGUCUGUCAGCACAUCUGAAAACGCAUGAGAGGAUCCACACUGGAGAGAAACCUUACAAGUGUUCACACUGUGACAACAGAUUCAGUCUGUCAGCACAUCUGAAAACACAUGAGAUGAUCCACACUGGAGAGAAACCUUACAAGUGUUCACACUGUGACAACAGAUUCAGUUUUUCAGCACAUCUGAAAACACAUGAGAUGAUCCACACUGGAGAGAAACCUUACAAGUGCUCACACUGUGACAACAGAUUCAGUUUUUCAGCACAUCUGAAAACGCAUGAGAUGAUCCACACUGGAGAGAAACCUUACAAGUGUUCACACUGUGAAAAGAGAUUCAAUCAGUCAUCAUCUCUGAAAACACAUGAGAGGAUCCACACUGGAGAGAAACCUUACAAGUGUUCACACUGUGACAACAGAUUCAGUCUGUCAGCACAUCUGAAAACACAUGAAAGGAUUCACAGCAGAGAGACGUGUGAUCAGUGUGGAAAGAGUUUCUCUAUUAAAAGUCACCUGAAGCUACACAUGAAGACCCAUGCAGUGGAGAAACCACAUCACCACAGACUGAGAUCACAAAUUAUUGUUUGUCCUCACUAUUCGGGAAACAGACACAGUCUCUAUAGAAUGGACUACACACACUUCUAUCAAUUAAGUGGAUAGAACAAAGACUGUGAUUUGAGGUUUGACUUGGAGAUGUUGUCUGACAGAAGAUUCGCUCUGAUUCUGCUGGGGUGCAGGCCAUCAGCAUGGAAGAGCCUAGGUUGCUCCCAGAAAAGAUUCCAGUUAUUUACAAAGAGCUAACCCUAACCCUAACCCUUACAAAGAGCUGAGCAGAGCCCCCUGCUGGCCUCACUGAGUGAAUAGAUCCUGAAAGAUAAAGUAGAUCAAAACUUUAUUUGUACACAAAUGUGUUUUAAAAUCUUGCGAAAAAACUAAUGUAAAUAAAGUCAAACUGCCCAACCAAAGCAAACACUGAUCACAAUAAUGGUGACUUCAAAGUAAACUAUUAACUAUUGAUGUUUAUUUUAUGUUUUAUGAGAUAUUUCAUGCCUUUUUGAUGUUUUAUGAGAGAUUUCAUGCCUUAAAAGUUUAUUUAAUUUAAGGCUGUGGCUAGAAGUCAGUUGCAGUUCUUGUUUCUGUUCGUCUCUUCUCUUUUUUUUUUUUUUUUUUUUUUUUUCCUUCAGUGAUUCUGCUUGUUAAGAGCAGGUGUUCGUCACUAAUGCUCAGUCAUCGCUUGAUUAAUCACUUAAUUAUCUCAUUACCUUCAACACUGCUUCAGGGGCCGUUUACACGACAGCAUUUUCCAUUAAAAAGUGUUAAUUUAACACUGGGGAUUUUGCUAUGAAGUGCAAUAAAUAAAGUGCCUUGAGUGUUUUUAUGAUCAAUAUUUGUGUUCUCGUGUUCUUUUUGAUCAAAUGUUUUCUAGCAUUAUACUUGAGAGAUUCCAUGCUAUUUAAUUUUGAAUGCAUUUUGUUAAUAUAUAACCUGAAGAAAUCCUGAUGGAGUCAUCUGACCUGUUUGAACACACCCAUGUGAUCAUAAACUCCACCCUCUUACAACACUUAGUGGGAAGAGACUGACUCAUUAUAGAGCUAAAGUUGGUUUUUGAUUGAAUCACUUCCAUUGUAAAAAUUGUUAUUACUUUAGGGGCCACUUAAAUGACACCUUUCCUACUGAAAACCGAGUACUUUUAAUGCAUUCUUGCCGUUCAUUUACAUGUUUAGUCUAUGGGUUUGCGUGUUUGAGUGUGUGUGCACAGAAGCUUGGUCUUUUUAAAAAAAGUUAUAUUUGCCAAAUUACUUUACUGGUCCGCAUAAUGAGUUGUGUCCGCGGAUCUAUGCGAACUGGAAUAAUUUUAAAAACAUUUCAUCUAUACAUAGAUGCAGGGGAGAGAUUAGGUGAAACGUUAGGGCUGUGUUAUCAUCAUGUCUAGAUGCAGGUCCUUCAUCUCAUCUGGAUACGGCCUGGAUCUGGCAGGCAUCAGGUGUUUUGGGAAGUGUUCCCGGUUCCGGCUGACCUAAUCUAUGCAGCCUAACAAUUUACAUGAUUUGAAUUAUAGAAGUAGAUAAUGUGUAAUGUGUAUGCAAGUUUAAACAGUGUGUUUUUAGUUUAGACUUAAACUGACAGAGUGUGUCUGCUUCCCGAACAGUGAUAGGAAGAUUGUUCCAAAGUUUAGGUGCUAAAUAGGAAAAGGAUCUGCCGCCUGCAGUUGAUUUUGAUAUUCUAGGUAUUAUCAACUGGCCUGAAUUCUGAGAUCACAAUAGACGUGAAGGACAAUAAUGCAUUAAGAGCUCACUCAGGUACUGGGGAGCUAAACCAUUAAGUGCUUUGUAAGUAAUUGGCAAGAUUAUAAAAUCUAUACGAUGUUUAAUAGGAAGCCAAUGCAGUGUUGACAGAACUGGGCUAAUAUGGUCAUACUUCCUGGUUCUAGUAAGAACUCUAGCUGCUGCAUUUUGUACGAGCUGUAGUUUAUUUAUCAGGCGAGCAGAACAACCACCCAGUAGAGCAUUACAGUAAUCUAGCCUUGAGGUCAUGAACGCAUGAACUAACUGUUCUGAAUUUGUCAUUGAGAGCAAAUGUCGUAGUUGGAAGAUGGAAGAAUGUGGUUUUACAGAUGCUAGAAACAUGGCCUUCAAAUGAAAGAUUGGUAUCAAAGAGC